AUGAUAGACGCGUUAGCCGUAGAGGCCAUGACAGAGGAAAAAUCACCCGCAGCUGAACAACUGAAAUCCUCAAGCUAUAAUGUGCUAGCUACAACUUUAAAACCAGAGCUCAGGCCAGUGCAAAGGGAGGAACUUUCUCUUGCAUCUUCCCAGCAGUGGAGAACCAAGACUCCAAGAAAACAACCUCAUCCCAGCCGGAGUGUUGACAUCCAAGACCCAGAUUUCCAGGGAGUGACAUUCAGCAUGGGCACAGAGCUGGAUGACAGUAGGGAACAGUGUCGCCUCCUCAUAACUUCAAAGUACAGCAAGGAGCUCUGCAAGAGUGUAAGAAAACCGAGGCUGAGGACACGAACAUCCCAGAAAUCCCUUAAAACUAGCAGCUCAGAUGAAGAGAGUGACCCAACAACUACUGUCUCCAAGGAUAAAGUCUGUGCAUCAUGCUGCACCAGGAAGACCCCCAUGUGGAGAGAUGCAGAGGACGGGACCCCACUCUGUAAUGCUUGUGGGAUAAGGUAUAAGAAGUACAGAGUGCGCUGUGUCAACUGCUGGCAUAUCCCUAGGAAAGAGGGCAACUCCAACUCAUGCUGCCUCAAGUGUGGAAACUUGGUGAGGCUGACCUCAGCUCAGCGGAAACACACUGCUUAGCGAACAUACAAUACAUAGAGCAAAGGUUUUUAUGUCCACAUGUGUCAGAGCUGUGCACACACACUUGCACUCACCAAUUCCAGACUAUACACUCUGUGCUCCUGUCAUUCUUAGUCCUCUUCAUUUCACUACAGCUGUGAAUGCAAAAAUGAGGACCAGCACCAGCCUCUUGAAUUUUACU